AGAUUAAUUCCUAUGUCUUCUCUGAAAGUUCUUUUUUUUUUUUGAUAAAUUCUAGUACUUCUUUCUGUUUUAUUUAUCCUUUUUUGUUGAAAAAUUACAAAAUCGUUGUCUGCGUCGAACAAGCGCUAACAGUUUCCAAUCCAAAUUUCUUAUUCUGCAAUAGAUUUGCACAGAGUUUAAUUUCUCAAAAAAAUGCCGAGUUCCGAAAAUAGGACUGAAUCGACUGAUAAGCUCAUGGAAACUGAUCAACACGUAUUGAAUUUCUUAGAUUCCAUGGAUACUUAUCUAGUUCUUAUGGAUUCCUUAUCAUCAACUCUUCGUCAGGGAUGGCUGGAGCUAGCCAGUGCUCGACAUUCAAUGGGCGCUGCUCGUGUCAGCAGCGCCUUGUUUAACCUCAAAUCUCAUCAUGCUUCAACAACACUGGAAAUAGACAAUGUUGACGUCAAUGUAGAGCUACCGCACCUCACAUUGUGCAAAUGGGCGUCCUCGGAUGAUUCUGAAAAGAAUUCCGGGGGAGCCAAAUUUAAGGAUGAUGAAUUAUCACCUCCUCCCAAGCCUGAAAGCCCACGAACUCAGGAUGAGGAACCUCAAGACAGACGGGCAGAAAGUGGUGAAUCUCCGGUUUCUCCUGAUGAUCACGCUCAACAGGCAAGAUCUAGGUCACUUUCCAUGUUUGGGACACUGGUCUCUCCUAAGCUUCGUGCAACCCAAACAUCAUUCGAGAGAGCUCUGGAGAUGCUGGUGGAGAUAUCAAAUGUACGAGCUUCUUUGCUGCAUGCUCACGAUCAAGUACAGAAAGACCUGAAGGCUGCCAAAUAGCUAUGGCAAGCUUCUCUUUGUUUACUCUGAUUCUAAGUCCCCCCCUCCAGUAUAGUCCAAGAUUAUCGAUCAUUUAUACAUACGGGAAGAUACGACAUUCACACGAUCCUAAUUUAUGCUUUUCCUCUACCCCACAUACCUUGCUUCUGUAACUCAGCAAGAGACAUAUAACCUAGAAAGAACAUGCUCGUCUGCUUCGGGGUGGUCCAAAAGUUGCUAUGUUGUAACAUAACUUCAUUCUUUUACUCUUUUAUUUUUCAGAGAGUGAUAUCUAUUGAACAGGAGGACUACUAAAA